CAUUCCCUAGAUCUCCGUAGCCGCAGAGCAAUAUCAGAAUAAUAUUUUCAGACUAACUUAAUACCUUACAGAUUAAGAGAUCUGGUGAGACCUUAGAUAUGGACGCAACGCAUAACUUUUUAGACGUAUCUAGGGAGAGCUCUAAGCAUGCGUAUUUUAUGAAGCAAGCAUUGCUCAUGGGAGAAAAAGCACUCCAGGCAAAUGAAACGCCUGUGGGUUGUGUCCUGGUGUAUGACAGUCAAAUAGUCGGAACUGGGAUGAACGACACAAAUAAGUCAAUGAAUGGCACAAGACAUGCUGAGUUCAUUGCCAUUCAAGAGAUGCUGCAAAGCCAUCCCAGAUCACACCUGCAUUCAACAGAUCUCUAUGUGACUGUUGAACCCUGUGUUAUGUGUGCAUCUGCGUUGAGGCAAUACCAAAUACGGGCUGUAUAUUUUGGCUGUGGUAAUGAACGAUUUGGAGGAACAGGAAGCGUGCUUUCAUUGCAUUCCGACUAUGCCAUUGAUUUGCCGUAUCCAGUGCAUGGUGGAUUGUUUCGCAAAGAAGCAAUAAUGCUACUUCGACGCUUCUAUAUACAAGAAAACGAAAAGGCACCGAAACCUCGCCCGAAAAAGAAUCGUGAACUGAACACAAGUUUUGAAGGAGACGCUGAGAGCUUCGAUUAUAUGUGAUAAUCAGACAGUUAACUUUAUCUCGACCGUGACAAACCCAUUGUAUAGAAAGCGAGCAGCGUUAUUAUUGCUAAUAUUGUGUUCUCAAAGGAAGUAAGCGCCUUUUUCUUUUCUUUUCUUUUUUUUUUUUUAAUCUUGCAUUAUGAACCACAGUAGCGCCAGGAGGAAUAAGUAUACAGGAGCCCACAACAGGCGGG